AUGGCUAAAGUCGUGAGAAACGUAGCGCUCCUAGGGGCCACAGGCACACUGGGCCCUCAUUUAUUGAAGGCAUUGACUGGAGCCGGCCACUCCGUCACUGUGAUCCAGCGCAAGGAAUCAACAAAGGAAGCACCCCAGGGCGUGAAAUCUGUCAAAGCCGACCUGACCAACUUCAACGAACUCGUCUCCAUAUUCAAGGGACAAGAUGUCUUUGUGAGUGCUAUUCCGAACCCGAAACUCGAGUCGGACAAGGUCAUCAUCGACGCAGCCGUCGCCGCUUCUGUGAAGCGCAUCAUUCCAUCCGAGUUCACCACCAAUCUGGACACCCCACUUUCCCGCAAGUUGCUUCAUGUCCUGGGCAAGACCGCAGUCCGCGAAUACCUCGAAUCCACCGUGCAGAACUCGCCAUCGACGACAUGGACUUCGAUCAACAACGGCGCAUUCCUAGAAAUGUGCCUCAAGUUUGGCGUCUUGGGCCCCAAUCUAGCACAGAAGAAGGCGACCUUCCGUGACGGCGGCGAUAAGAUUAUCGGUGCAUCAUUGCUCCCGGACAUUGGCACCGCAUUGGUCAAAGUUCUUGAACCGGAGCACUUUGAGGAGACUGCAAACAAGCCUGUCUACUUCUACUCUGCCGCUAUCAGCGAAAAGAAGCUCACUCGCCUCGCGUCUGAGGUCACUGGCAUUGAUUUUGGCAGCGUGGAAGAUGGCCGUAUCCUUGAUCUUGACGUUGACAACAUGGUCCGUGAGGCGGAUGAGAGGUUGGCCAAGGGUGAUAAGUCUGCGCUCAUCUCCUACUACUUCCCGAUGAUGUAUAGCAAGGGCUAUGGCGGAACCGAGUUCAAGGAGUUGUCCUGGAAUGAAAAGUUGGGUCUCAGGGUCUUGAGCGAGGAGGAUCUGAAGAGCCUGGUUCGAAAGACUGCGGAAGAACUUGGUGUUCUCUGA